UCACACACACACACACACACAUGCCAUUCAAUUCAUUAGGAUCCUUUAUGGAGGGAGACACGAAACAUUUUUUCUCCAUCCGUCCCCAGGAGGUGGCUUAAAGUUCUUAUUUUUUUAAGACGCUCCAUAUUGAACAGCCCUAUAACCCUCUCCAAAAGUAUACCCAGAUCGGUCGAACUUUUUCAUCUAGCGUUCCUCUUCUUCCUAUAUAUGCUUCUAUAUGAAUUUAUAGCUCCCCUCCCCCUCCCCGCCAUAUUCCUGUAAAAACCCAAAGGGUGGGGGGGUGGCGGCGGAUAAUAACCUCUUCCCCCAACCAAAACACGCUGGAAAUUACCAAACUUUUCCAGAUGAAACGAAUUCCUUUUUUUUAUUUCCUUUUCCCUCGUGUCCACGACAGCAGCAAUGAUAGAAUCAGUUCUCAUUUGUUUUAUUCUUCUUGUCUUUCCACCCUCUUCCUCCUCCUCCUCCUCCUCCUGCAUUUAUUUAGUUAUUUUCUUCUUUAAAAGAAAAAGAAAACAACAGCUAAAGGAAAGUCCAAUUUUUUAAAUCGAUUUAUCUCCCCCCCCCAUCAUUAGUAUGUGAUUAAGAGGGAGGGUGUCUAUCUGUGUUAUGUGGGGGUGGAGGGGGCGCGCGUAUCUGUUGUUCAAAAGUGAUGGUGUUGGUGGCAAAGAUGCUUUCGCUGGUUUGUUCUAGGGGGGUCCCCUGUGCAAAGCUAACCCCUCUAGGGUGCGAUUUCGCAGUCUUCGACUUCUGCUAUUGGUCAGCGCGUGAUCAGAUGGUUCUCUUUCCUUAUGUCCCUGGUUGGCACGCGGCCAUCCCCCUUCAGCUAAAACCCAAUCUCCCAUAUACUGCUAAUAGCUAAACCGCUUGGACUAUAAAACGCAACAAAUCAUAAAGACCAAGGGAAAGAACAGACGCUGUUCCUCUGCUUUAUUAUUAUUAUUAUUAUUAUUAUUAUUAUUAUUAUUAUUAUUUCCAAUGAGUUCUUAUUUUGUCAACUCUACUUUUCCGGUGAGCUUAGCCGGGGGUCAAGAACCGUUUCUGGGACAGCUCCCCUUAUAUUCCACGGGGUAUGCGGACCCUUUAAGGCACUACCCUGCCACUUAUGGAACUGGGGGUGGGGGGGUCCCGGAUAAAGGUUACCCGGGCGCGCCUUACUACCAGCAAGCCAACGGAGCUUACAACCGGAGCCCAGCCUGCGAUUACGGGACAUCUGGUUUUUACCGAGAGAAAGAGACAGCCUGUUCUCUUUCGAGUUUAGAGGACCCUGUUCCGUUCGGCCAGGAGCAAGUCCGGAAGUCAGAUUGCUCCCAGAACAAACACGCUUUCGGGGAGAGCGAAGACCAGAAGUGCUCCACGCCGGUGUACCCCUGGAUGCAGAGGAUGAACUCCUGCAACAGUUCCUCUUUCGGGCCGAGUGGCAGGCGAGGGAGACAGACCUACACCCGUUACCAGACCCUGGAGCUGGAGAAAGAAUUCCACUUUAACCGUUACCUGACCAGGCGCCGCCGGAUCGAAAUCGCCCACGCGCUCUGCCUGACGGAACGCCAGAUCAAGAUCUGGUUCCAGAACCGAAGGAUGAAGUGGAAAAAGGAAAACAAGCUACUCAACUCCACUCAGCUGAGUGCCGAGGAAGAAGAGGAAAAAACAACGGAAUGAGAGAAAGGUUGCAGAGGAAGGAGGGAGAGAGAAGGAAGACAGCGAAAAUGCCAACGGUUGUGAGGGGCUCCCAAAAGGGCAAAAAUAAAAGGCACGGCGGAGACACACAUAUUUUUUUUGUAAAAUACCCGAGACUGUAUGGAGGUGUUGGCCCAUCUUCCUCAUGCACCCUCUCUCGCAUCCAGUAAUCUGUCGUGUCAUAAUCAAGCUUCUAGUCCAGUUUAUUUCCCUAUUCUUUCUAUUGGCCCUUCCUCUUCCCCGCCCCCGCACCACAAACGGAUUUUUUUUUAGGGUGUCCUUCUUAGGAUUCUUGCUAACUCUUGUAUUUAAAUGGAGGUGCUGCAAUAUAUGUGUCAGAUUUUUGGGGUUGUUGAUUGUCUUCAUUUUGUAAAACAAAAGUCUCAUGCACGAUUUUACUUAUAUGUUGCUUUUUUAAAAAAGAAAAGAGUUAAACUAGGUUCUUUGACAUUUAAGGGUUGCUGUUGCUUUUUUUUUAAGAAAAGAUCUAUUGAAAAGGAACAAUUGCUACCUAAAAAAAUAUGGUGAAAUAAAAAAAAAUAGGAGGGGUGUUUUUGUUUGUUUUAUUUUAUUACAUUUUUUUGUACAGUGUUGUGUUUGUAGUUUGUGUUAGUUAUGGAGAUGGAAGUUCUCUAAUAAACAGCAAACAAACAUGUUGAGAAAAACA